UUUGUUUAAGAUGGAGAAAACUGGUGUAUGUGAGACAGACUCACGUCAGAAUGCCUUCCAGAAGCUGUUCGGGCCGUCGUACUCCAGCAUCUUGUUUCUCCCGAAGCAGCAGGGCUUCGGCCCGCGGAGGGACCAGAUUCUGAUUUCUUCCACCUUGUGUGUGCAGCGCAGCAGCUGGCACAGAGCCUUAAACACAGCUGGUGCCCAUUAGAUCAUCUCCUUCGCCAUCCUUAGAUCACUUGUAUUCACUUGUAUGCUCAUGUUACACCCUCCCCAUCCCACCGCCAGAGAAUGUAAUCUCCAUGAGAUCAAGAACUGUCUUGUUUUUGUACCUGUAUUCCUAGUGCCUUGCAUAUAGACAGUCCUGCAUAGAAUCUAUAGUUAUCUAGCCUGGAACUUCAGAGGAAGGGCUCCUGCUGAACAGACAGAUACCUCAGCCCCUGAGUGAAAAUCUCAGAUGAUGUGACUUUGCCUCCAAGACCCUUAGGCCUUUGGAAACAAACAGGAAUCAGGCCUAGAAGCAGAUCUAUUUGGCCUUAGACCUUUGGCAGAAACUUCAAGAGGGACCUGGUUCUUGAGUGGUUGAUCAAUUUAUAACUAUCUUGCCUGGCUAAAGAGAACUGGAGUGACUUAAGAAUAUCUAGAAUAAGAAGUGUGACUUUCAAGGAUCUGACCCAAAUGCUUGGAGAGAAAGGUGAGACUAAAAAGAAGAGCAGAGAAGAGAUGUGGAUGAGCCAGAGAAAAGGUUAUAGACCAGUUGCUAGGGCUUUGUCCCUAAUGAAAAGUAAACAUUCUUUUAUCUGAAAUUAUCUUCCUUUUUAGAAAGUUUGUUCAAUGAAGGAAGUACCAUACUUUCUGGAUUGGGAUAUUGUAUGGGAAUAAAAUCCACCCAGCAUUGCACUCUUACUCAGCAUUUGACAAACGAUGAUUCUGGGAAGGGACCAAAAGCAGAGUGUUCUAAAAUAUUGUCAAGAACCAAAGCCUGGGACAGUAAGAAUGGGACUUUCUGAGACUGUGAAUCCUGAAACAAAAGCAUAUAGCCAAACACUUUGGCUUCAGUGAAUGCUCUGCAGAUAGUGAGCUUCAGCUGUCUGGCUGAACUUGGAAGUGAACUCUGGCUUGAGACUAUGAUUAUAAUGCCUAGAACCUGCUAAGGCCACAAGCAUGGAAUGUAGCGCAAGCUGAUGUUAGUCACGCGUAUUAGUUUUCUGUUUUCUUGGAAAUAUGCAUUUAUCCAAGAGGGAAACAUUGAGGAACAAAGAAAGACCUCUGAAUUCCUUACAGCCAGGUUCCAGGAAUCACUGACAUUCAAGGAUGUGGCGGUGGACUUCACUCAGGAAGAAUGGCAGCGACUGAAACCUGAUCAGAGAUACCUGUAUAGAGAUGUAAUGCUUGAGAACUAUAGGAACCUGGUCUCUUUAGGAUAUCAGGUUUCCAAACCAGAUGUGAUCUCCCAAUUGGAACAAGGUGAAGAGCCUUGGACAAUAGAAAGAGAAGUCUCCACAUAUUCUUGCCGAGACUGGGAGACCAGGAAUAAAACCAAGGCCUCAACUCUAAAGCAAGACAUUCCUGAAGCAGAAUCAUCAUCCCAGAAAGUGACGUUGGGAAAAUUCACAAGGGAUGGCAUCUGGUACCCUGAGCUAGGAGAAACUGAUUCCCAAUUUGGAAUAGAGCAGAAUAUCAAGAAGACAGAGCUGAGACAAACUACAGUCUCCCAAGCAAAAAUAAUCCCUAGGAAGACAAAUUACAAGUGUAAUGAAUAUAGCCUGGUUGCAGAACAAAUUGUUCCUUCAAAAGAUAUCACUCAUAAAUGUGAUAUAUAUAGGAAAACCUUCUACUGUAAUUCACAAUUAAUUGAAUGUCAAGAAAUCUGUUUAGAGAAAAAGCUCUUUGAGUGUAAUGAAUGUGGGAAAGCUUUUAGUAAAAGUACAAUUCUUAAGAACCAUCAGAGGAUCCACACUGGUGAGAAACCCUAUAAAUGUAAUGAGUGUGGAAAAGCCUUCAGACUUCGUGGAAACCUUACUCGACAUAAUAGAGUUCAUACUGGAGAGAAGCCCUAUGAAUGUAAUGAAUGUGGGAAAGCUUUCAGGCUUCGUGGAAACCUUAAUCAACAUAAAAGAAUUCAUACUGGGGAGAAACCCUAUGAAUGUAAUGAAUGUGGGAAAGCCUUCAGAUUAUAUGCACACCUUACUCAACAUAAAAGAAUUCAUACUGGAGAGAAACCUUAUGAAUGUAAUGAAUGUGGGAAAACUUUCAGAUUGCAGGGACAUCUUACUAAACAUAAGAGCAUUCAUCCUGGAAAGAAACCCUAUAAAUGCAGUGAUUGUGAUAAGACUUUCAGUAAGGGUUCACUCCUGGUGAGUCAUCAGAGAGUCCAUACUGGAGAAGUACCUCAUAAAUGUAAUGAAUGUGGGAAAGCCUUCAGUUCACGUGCAAGCCUUACUCAACAUAAAAGAAUCCAUACUGGAGAGAAACCAUAUGAAUGUAAUGAAUGUGGAAAAGCCUUCAGCCAGAACGUAUGCCUUACUCAACAUAAGACUGUCCAUACAGGAGAAAAACCUUAUGAAUGUAAUCAAUGUGGGAAAGCCUUCAGUCAGAGCAGACACUUAAAUCGACAUCAAAGAAUUCACACAGGAGAGAAACCAUAUAAAUGUGAUGAUUGUGGGAAAUCAUUUAGCAAUGGUGAAUUCCUUAGGCAGCAUCAGAGAGUCCAUACUGGAGAGAAACCCUAUAAUUGUAAUGAAUGUGGAAAAGCCUUUAGACUUCGUGUACACCUUACUAGACAUAGGAGCAUUCAUACUGGAGAAAAACCCUACAAAUGUAAUGAAUGUGGAAAAACCUUUCGUCUGAGUACACACCUAACUCAGCAUAAGACCAUUCAUACUGGAGAGAAACCUUACAAAUGUAACGAAUGUGGGAAAACCUUCCGGUUGAGUACAGACUGUACUCAACAUCAGAGAAUUCACACUGGAGAAAGACCCUAUGCUUGUAAUGAAUGUGGGAAAGCAUUUUGGGACAGGUCAUCUUUUACUAAACAUCAGAAAAUUCAUACCGGAGAAAAACCCUAUGAAUGUAAUGAAUGUGGAAAAGCCUUCAUUCAGAGUUCAUCCUUUAUUCAACAUUGUAUUACUCAUACUGGAGAGAAACCCUAUGAAUGUAGUACAUGUGGGAAAGCCUUCAGCCUUCAUGCGAACCUUAUUCGACACCAGAGAAUUCAUACUGGGGAGAAACCCUAUAAAUGUGAUCAAUGUGGGAAUGUCUUCAGGCACAGUUCAACCCUGAUAAGACAUCAGAGACUUCAUAGUGGAGAGAAACCUUAUGAAUGUCAUGAAUGUGGGAAAGCUUUUAGUAAGGGUGCACUCCUAAGGCAGCAUCAGAGAGUCCAUACUGGAGAGAAACCCUAUAAAUGUAAUGAAUGUGGGAAAGCUUUCACAUUGCGUGGGAGCCUUACUGGACAUAAGAGCAUUCACACUGGAGAAAAACCCUAUGAAUGUAAUGAAUGUGGGAAAGCCUUCAGACUGCAUGCACACCUUACUCAACAUAUGAGAAUUCAUACUGGAGAGAAACCCUAUGAAUGCAAUGAAUGUGGGAAAGCCUUCAGAUUGCAUGGACACCUUACUAAGCACCUGAACAUUCAUCCUGGAGAGAAACCCUAUGAAUGUAAUGAAUGUGGAAAAGCUUUCAGUAAAGGUGCACUCCUUAAGCAACAUCAGAGAGUCCAUACAGCUGAAAGACCCUAUAAAUGUGAUGAUUGUGGAAAAACUUUCAGUAUGAGUGCACUUCUUAAGCAGCAUCAAGGAGUCCAUACUGGAGAGAAACCCUAUGAAUGUAGUGAAUGUGGGAAAGCCUUCAGACUUCGUGGAAGCCUUACUCAACAUAAGAGCAUUCAUACUGGAGAGAAACCCUAUGAAUGUAGUGAAUGUGGGAAAGCUUUCAGUACAGGUGCAAUUCUUAAGCAACAUCAGAGAAUCCAUACUGGAGAGAAGCCCUACAAAUGUGAUGAAUGUGGGAAAGCCUUCAGUCGGAGUUCAAGUCUUACUGAACAUAAGAGAAUCCAUACUGGAGAAAAACCCUAUGAAUGUAAUGAAUGUGGGAAAGCCUUCAGACUGCAUGGACACCUCACUAAACACCAGAGCAUUCAUCCUGGGGAGAAACCAUAUGAAUGUAACGAAUGUGGAAAAGCCUUCAGACUUUGUGGAAAACUUACACAACAUAAGAGAAUUCAUACUGGAGAAAAACCAUAUAAAUGUAGUGAUUGUGGGAAAGCAUUUGGUGAUGGUGCACUUCUUAUGCGGCAUCAGAGAGUCCAUACUGGAGAGAAACCCUAUAAAUGCAAUGAAUGUGGAAAAGCCUUUAGUCGUCGUGCAAACCUUACUCAGCAUAAAAGAGUACAUACUGGAGAAAAACCCUAUGAAUGUCAAGAAUGUGGGGAAACUUUCAGUCAGAGUAAACAACUAAAGCGACAUCAGACACUUCAUACUGGAGAGAAACCCUACAAAUGUAAUGAAUGUGGGAAAACCUUCCGUCAGAGUAGACAGUGUACUCAACAUCAGAGAAUUCAUACUGGAGAGAGACCCUACACAUGCAGUGAAUGUGGAAAGACCUUCAGACUGCAUACACAGCUUACUGAACACAAAAGCAUUCAUACUGGAGAGAAAGCUUAUGAAUGUAAUGAAUGUGGAAAAGCUUUCAGACUGCAUGCAAACCUCUCUCGGCAUCAAAGAAUACAUACAGGAGAGAAACCCUAUAAAUGUAAUCAGUGUGGAAAUGCCUUUAGGCACAGUUCAACUCUAGUCAGACAUCAGAGACUUCAUAGUGGAGAGUAAUCCCGAGGUUUUAGUGAAUGGAGAAAUUCUGUUAUAUUUAUCCCUUAUUCAAAUAUUUGUGGUCAUUAAGUCCUAGUUUGUCACUAAUUGAUUUUGUCAUGUCUUAGAGAAAAAUAUGCUUCCUCUCUGUAUUUCUUUCUGCUCUACUAUACACCUCAGUGCCUACAAGGGACUUCACAUCAAUUCAACUUAAAGAAUAUCACCUUACAAUUAAUAUGGCAAAUGAUUAGUUCAGCUAACAUGAGUUUCCUGAUAAUAUGAGUAAGUUGUUAUGUUGUUUGGAUUCUUAAAAAUUACCCAGUUUUACAGUUUUCAACACCUACUGAAAUUUUUGCAUGAUUUCUGGUAUUACCACACUAGUAGGCAUGACUAACAAAUACAGUUAGGAAGUUGAUCAUUAGUUUUAAUUGUUUUUAAGUGAGUUGACCAUCUUUUUUUUAGAAGUAAAGUUAAAAAAGUGUGAGGUGG